AUGAAGACACUGGCGGUGCUGUGGGCGCAUUCUGUAGAGUCUCCUAGUAAAGAAUCUUCAGUUACUGGGUCAGCUGAACAACCUGUCACUAUUACUCCCAUUACACUUGACCUUUCUAGAGUAGAUCAAUCAAAUCUCGAAUAUUUCGAGUAUACACAUGAUGACAACCUAACUCAACUCAUAGUUCCAAAGAAGGGCGUAACAGUCGCAAAGAUCGUUAGAGGUGGUGAUACUGUAUGGACUCCUGAAGAGAAUGAGAAAUUUGGAUAUGUAGAUGCAUAUCUCAACAAGGAUAAGAAGCCUGAACUCAUUCUUGUAGUAACUACUUCAUCUGGCGCUUCUAAGGAAACUUAUCUUGAACUAAAGAAUGGUCGAUGGGAAUCUUGCAAUAAUAUUGAGGAGAGGAUGAAGGGUUUAAGAACCUCUGCAGAUUACAUUUCAACAUUUGACAUUGAUCUUGCAUCAACUAGUGAUACUGACAAGUGUACAAUCUUUGAGGUAGAUCUCUUGGGAGUUACUACCAAGCAUUUAUUUCCAAAGCCUGGUCUUGUUGCCACCCAAGUAAAAGAUGGUGAUGAGGAACUGUGGAGUACUUCGGAUCGUUCCAAUCGUUGUCUUUCUUGUCUUGUUUAUAAAAAUGGAACUGAAGAGAUUCUGGAGAUUACAGUCGUAGAAAAUCUAUCAAGGAGAUGGAAAUUCUUUGAGAGGAGUGGCGAAGCAUGGAAGAGUAUCACAUGGAAUGACUUCUUCAAGAAGCUAAAGAUUGUGGCAGGGUCUAAUAGUCCACCUCAUAAUCCAUCUACUCCAUCUCAGUAG